CGGAACGGCUGGUGAUAGAGAUGAUAACCUUCCGUUCUCGGAGAUAACCCCUCCAUCAGCCAAGCGUCGAGGGUUCUCCAGACUCCAUGAAAUACGAGGCUGCUAUUCGUAUAGACGUCACCUUUGGCGCUCGAGGUUCGAAAGCCGGUGCCAAAUGCGCUGUCGAUCUUCAGCCCUAGUGAGCCUCCGGCGGGGACCGACCCAAACAAAGAACAACGGAUGGGUUCAAGUCAUGGCUAUCAUCGAUGGGAGGUGCAGAUAACGGCCGUUACCAAGACGUAAUUCGUCCUUGAUAACGAUCUUCGUGUCCCACUGCGGGCGUCGCGAUGACUGUCUACUUGGCGUGGGUUACGUCUCUGGGGAGUCCGUAAGGGAUGAUAAAAGCAGCUGUCUAGCAUUCUUGAUAUCAGGAGCAUCUUCUUUCUUCCUUCUCUCAAGUUAGCUACGCUUGCGCACACUUGACUGGUACACAGGACGGGCCUAGGAUGGCCUGGGAAUUGUUUGCUGUCAAAGGUGGUCAGAGUCUGUCGCAAAACUUCGCCCAAUAUCUACCCUCAUCACUCGAGUAUCUGCUUGAACCCCAGGGUCUGUCAGCUUCUCUGCCUACUCUGGUAAAAUCUACCGUCAAGUCAUCGUUGCUUCUUCUGGGCGCUGCUGUCUCGUUUGUCGGUAUCGGCUCGAUUCCGCAAGAUUGGGGACACCAUGAUCAAGGCUUCUUGGAGAUCCAAGCCCAUCGGGGCGGUACUGGGAUGAGGACCGAGAAUUGCCUCUGGGCAUUUGCAUAUGCGAUGGAAGUUGGAAUCGACGUUCUGGAAAUGGAUGUUGUUUUCACCAAAGACGGUAUUCCAGUCGUCUGGCACGAUCAUGAAAUCACAGCUGAGAAAUGCCGUGGUGACCAUGUCGGCGCUUUCGUUGCGAAUCUGACUCUUGAGGAGAUCAAAUCGAUGAGCUGUGAUUUACAGCUUAGUGAACAUCCGCAGGCUCAAGUCUACGAGGAUACCCGCAUUCCAACUCUUGAAGAGGUCCUGGAUCUUAUUGAGUGCUAUGAGAACAAGAACGUCGCCAUCAAUAUCGAGACGAAGCUGGAUCCACUAAAGCCAAACGAGACGUUUCCUGUGGAGAAAUACGUGGAUGAUAUCGUGCCCUUGCUGGAGAGACGUGGUUUUGCUUCCCGCACUACGCUGCAGUCGUUCGACUGGCGGACUCUGAUAGGGAUCAAGCAGAAGUUUCCCCACAUGGUGAUAGUGGCACUUGUGGAGCCAGAGGGUAUCAUACCUGUUGAUGGUGGUUAUCCAUGGCUUGGGGGUAUCGACCUUGCCGACUUUCAGGGAGAUUGGAUUGCAGCAGCUGCGUCCAUCGGAGCAGAGAUUGUGGGACCAGCCCAUGGAGAUCCCUGGACUGCGAGCGUCAAUACACCCGGCUAUGUUCCCUGGAUAAACAAAGAAGUAGUCAAGCGUGCUCAUGAACUCAACAUGAGGAUCUUCCCUUGGACCGUCGACGACGAAGCUACGGUUGAAAAGAUGCUCGAGCAUGGAGUGGAUGGUAUUAUCACGAACUAUCCAGAACGAGUCAUGUCCAUAAGCAGGCAGAAGAAGCCCAAUUUUCGCGCCUCGAAUCUCGCCCACCGGCCACACUGUCUGGUUAACGCCUAGUGGAUGGGAAUGUGGUUCAACAUCACAGGACAAAGAGGUUGUAUGCUGAGACUUUAAUAAUCUUAUUUCCAGAUACCCUUUAUUUGUUAUUAGUGCUAAGUUCUAUCCUAUUUGCGUUUUAAUCUUGACCUGCUUUUCUUCUCUGGGUGGUUAUGUUAUUUCUUGUUUUAAUUUCCAGAAGCAUCUAAUAUAGUUUAUCUUUACGGUUGCAGAGGACGUUCCAUGGUCUCGUAAUAUCUCUCACU